AUGACCACCUUGCUCGCUUCCAAAACCGCCCUCAUCACAGGCGCCGCUGGCGGGUUCGGCAAGUCGAUUGCAAAGGCAUUUCUCGACGCCGGGGCCCAGGUCGUGAUAACCGACGUCAACGAGAGCAUGCUUCAAAGCACGCACCAAGAGCUCUCCAGCCUCGGCUCUGUCCAUUCCGUCGCAGGGGACUUGACCGAUCGGGACCUGGCCGACAGGCUCAUCCAGACCGCGCGCGACAAGUACGGGAAGCUCGAUAUCCUCGUCAACAACGCAGGCAUCAUGGACCGGUUCGACCCGAUCGGCGACCUCGACAUGGCCUUCUGGGACCGCAUCCUGGCCGUCAACCUUACAGGCCCCGCGCGGGUGACCAAGGCAUCAGUGCAAGAGUUUCUGCGGGACGACCGUCCGGAUGGCAAGGGCGGGGCCAUUCUUACCGUUGGUUCCAUCAACGGGCUCCGUGGGGGGAUCGCUGGAGCUGCCUACACCACUACGAAACAUGCCCUUGUGGGAUUGACGAGGAGUACGGCGGCACACUACGCGACCAAGGGGAUCCGCAGUAACAUUAUCAUGCCGGGGUUGAUGGAGACAAACAUCCGGGCUGCAUACGUGGAUGGUGUGAACGAGGAGGGUAAGGCGCUCGCUUGGAAAUCAGUCGGCGUCAAUCCAGGCCAAGUCAACACUGACGAUCUGGCGAAGCUGGUUGUGUUUGCCUGCUCAGAUCAGGCUACGUACCUUAAUGGCGCUGUCAUUAGCACUGAUCACGGAUGGCAAGCGAUAUGA